UCUCAGGAAACGCUACCUGAACUUUGUCCACUUCAGAGCUUUAGCAUAACACUAAGCGACACGUCUCGCUGUUUCUGUUUACACUGUGAUUAUUUAUUUGAGGGGAUUUACAGUAAAGAUGUGGUUUAUUUAUCUCCUCAGCUGGCUGUCGCUGAUUAUACAGAUAUCGUUUGUUACUCUGGCUAUAGCUGCAGGUCUCUAUUACUUGGCCGAGUUGAUAGAGGAGUACACUGUCGCCACCAGCCGAAUAAUAAAAUACAUGAUACUGUUUUCUACAGGUGUGUUGUCAGGGCUGUACCUCUUUGAGGGCUUCCCUAUGCUGAUGAUUGGAACUGGACUCUUCACUAAUCUGGUAUACUUUGGCCUGCUGCAGACAUUCCCCUACAUCAUGCUGAGCUCACCAAACUUUAUACUCUCCUGCAUACUGGUGGUAAUAAAUCACUAUAUGGCCUUCCAGUACUUUGCAGAAGAGUAUUACGCCUUCUCAGAAGUCCUGGCAUACUUUACAAUUUGCCUGUGGGUGAUACCAUUCUCCUUCUUCGUAUCUCUGUCAGCUGGGGAGAAUGUUCUUCCAUCCACCAUGCAGCAAGGAGAUGAUGUGGUGUCAAACUACUUCACUAAAGGAAAGAGGGGCAAACGCUCUGGAAUCCUCCUGAUCUUCUCCUUCCUAAAGGAGGCUGUUUUGCCAAGUCGACAGAAAAUGUACUGAUUGACCAAUGAGAGAGACUAAGGGACAGAUGAAAGAAACGGGUGGGGUUGAGAGAAGAAAGAAAAGGACAGGGCUGCUGUGCCCAGCUGCCCUAGAGAACUGGUGACAGGGAUGGAGGGAAGGGGGAUAUUUGGGGGACUGGAUCCAGUGAUGAAAGGACGUUAAAAGUAACUGCAAUGGAGGACGGCACCUGGAAGGAUACAGACCCUGCCACGGAAACACAGGCUCCUCACCUGAACUGAACUGACAUUACACAACUGUCUGACUGUCUCUGUGUCCAUCUGACUGUUCUAAUGAAGCGAGCACAGCCAACUAAUGCUCCAUAAGCAGCCCUCCUUUAGCCCAAGAACUUCAGCUUCUGGUUUUGGCAGGGAUUAAGCCUAAGGCAUCUUGAACUGAUGUUGCGGAUUCGCAUUUGUGGUCUAGACUUGGGUUUAAUCUUUGCUUGCAAACCUUUUCUGAAGUUUCUAAAGAUUUGAGAAAUAGUUGUUUGAAGCUGUAUCAUUUUUUGGAUGUCUUUUUGAUGGUUCGGGCUUCGCUGCAUAAAUUGAUGAUAGCAGCUGACGUAAUUGCAUUGUGUAACCCACACAGCUAGUGUUUGUGUGGCCCUUUGUGAAUGAAAGAUUGAAUGAAUAUUGGGAGUAUUGUGAACAUUUUAAAUGUCGUACCACGAUCAUCAAGGCCAUAGGUUUGGUCCUGCUUUUUAAUAUUUGUGUGCUGUAAAGAACGAAACAAAUUUUUUGUACAAACUUUUUUGAUUUAAACAAAGAUGUAAAUACCUGUAGCAGCAGUAAAGUUAUGUAGAGAACUCUCGAGAGUAAGAGAUGCUCUCUGAGAUGCUUGGUACAUGUGGGCCCAGAUAUGAGCAGAGUUAGUGAUCAGUUUCAUCGUAUUCUUCAAAACGUUGGAUUCAGUGGGGUUCUGCUCAUUUUUAAACUGCAUCGACAUUGACCACAGUGCAUUCUGAAGUUUUUUUCACACAUGCAGAUAAUGUGAAGAAUUUCUAAUAAAAUGGCCGUUAAUUGUUACUGAUUUUUAGUUUUGAAA